CGCCGCCGCCCGCCCCGCCUUGCGCGGCCCCUGGGAGCGGGCCCGGGUGCCGGAGGCGGCGGGGAGGGCUGGGACGGGGCCCUGGCCAGGGGUUUCUCUCUCUCUCCCCCCCACCCCCUCCUCCUCUCGCCGCCGGUUCCCGUGAGGCUGCAAGUGCCGCCGCGGCAGCUGGGGGGCCGGCGGGGGAUGCUGCCGCCGCCCUGCCCAGUGCUGGACUAAGGGCAGGAGCUGGUGGCGGCAGGAGCAGCCCCGGCGGCGGGACGAGUGCCUGGCAGUGGGACAGAGACUACUCGGCACUGAAUACUUUGGUGGACAAGACGCUGAACACCUGGGGAAGCAGAGAUUUCUUUUGCUGCAUUGAACAUCACACAAGACUUAAAUGACAGCAAGAAAUGAAGCUGGCAAGAAAUAAGUUCUCAGAGAUGGGCUCUCCAUAAUGCUUUGGUUAUGAAGAAAGAAGGACUCCUGAAUUGUUUUGCAAUGGAGAAGACAGAGGGAGAAACACCAGCACUGUGGCUGCUGCCCUGUUGCUUACCUCCCUGCAGACAUGUGUCCCAAAUCCUCUCUUUGCUGUAGCAAGGAAAGGAAAAGCUUUGACAUUACGACAUCUGCUUUCUUACAUCACCUUUUCCAAUUUUGCAUCCCCUAACCCCCUGGAGAAAAGAGGAACAAUGACUUUAUAUAGUUGCUGCUUGAUUCUUUUGCUAUUUACCUGGAACACAGCUGCCUAUGGGCCAAACCAACGGGCACAGAAGAAGGGAGACAUUAUUCUCGGAGGAUUGUUCCCCAUUCACUUUGGAGUGGCUGCUAAAGACCAGGAUCUAAAAUCAAGACCAGAAUCAGUGGAGUGUAUAAGGUAUAAUUUCCGAGGCUUCCGCUGGCUCCAGGCUAUGAUCUUUGCCAUAGAAGAAAUAAACAGUAGCCCAACUCUCCUUCCCAACAUGACCCUAGGAUACAGGAUAUUUGACACUUGCAAUACAGUCUCUAAAGCCCUCGAAGCUACACUGAGUUUUGUGGCACAGAACAAGAUAGACUCCUUGAACCUGGAUGAAUUCUGCAACUGCUCAGAACAUAUCCCUUCCACCAUUGCAGUCGUCGGGGCAACCGGCUCUGGCAUCUCUACCGCCGUGGCCAAUCUGCUGGGACUCUUCUACAUACCUCAGGUCAGCUAUGCCUCAUCCAGUCGUCUCUUGAGCAAUAAGAACCAGUUCAAGUCCUUCCUUCGCACAAUCCCCAAUGAUGAGCAUCAGGCCACAGCAAUGGCAGACAUCAUUGAGUACUUUCGCUGGAACUGGGUGGGAACAAUUGCAGCCGACGAUGACUAUGGCCGGCCAGGGAUUGAAAAGUUUCGGGAGGAGGCAGAGGAGAGAGACAUCUGCAUUGAUUUUAGUGAGCUCAUCUCCCAAUACUCGGAUGAAGAGGAGAUCCAGCAGGUGGUGGAAGUCAUCCAGAACUCCACAGCAAGGGUGAUCGUUGUUUUCUCCAGUGGCCCGGACCUGGAGCCCCUCAUCAAAGAAAUCGUCAGGCGAAAUAUCACCGGCAAGAUCUGGCUGGCGAGUGAGGCCUGGGCCAGCUCUUCCCUGAUAGCCAUGCCAGAGUUCUUCCGUGUCAUCGGCAGCACCAUUGGGUUUGCACUGAAGGCAGGACAGAUCCCAGGCUUUCGUGAGUUCCUGCAGAAGGUGCAUCCCAAGAAGUCCACCAACAACGGCUUUGCCAAGGAGUUUUGGGAGGAGACAUUUAACUGCUAUCUCCCUGAUGGGUCCAAAAAUUCUCCAGCUUCAACUUCCUUUCACAAGGGCCAUGAAGAGGGGCUGGGAGCUGGAAAUGGAACAGCUGCCUUCCGACCUCCAUGCACAGGGGAUGAGAACAUCACCAGUGUGGAGACACCAUAUAUGGACUACACUCACUUGCGGAUAUCCUAUAAUGUGUAUUUGGCAGUAUAUUCCAUUGCCCAUGCCUUGCAGGAUAUAUAUACCUGUACCCCUGGGAAAGGACUCUUCACUAAUGGAUCUUGUGCAGACAUUAAGAAAGUUGAGGCAUGGCAGGUUCUCAAGCAUCUGCGCCACUUAAACUUCACCAAUAACAUGGGGGAACAAGUGGAUUUUGAUGAGUUUGGGGACCUGGUAGGGAAUUACUCAAUAAUCAAUUGGCAUCUCUCUCCGGAGGAUGGCUCAGUUGUCUUUGAGGAGGUUGGACACUACAAUGUUUAUGCCAAGAAAGGGGAGAGACUCUUUAUCAAUGAAAACAAGAUCCUGUGGAGUGGAUUCUCUAAGGAGGUGCCUUUCUCUAACUGCAGCAGGGACUGCCUCCCGGGCACCAGGAAGGGCAUUAUUGAGGGAGAGCCCACCUGUUGCUUCGAGUGCGUGGACUGCCCCGACGGAGAGUACAGUGAUGAAACAGAUGCAAGUGCCUGUGACAAGUGCCCUGAGGAUUACUGGUCCAAUGAGAACCACACAUCGUGCAUUCCCAAGCAGAUCGAGUUUCUGUCCUGGACAGAACCCUUUGGGAUUGCUCUGACUCUCUUUGCUGUGCUGGGAAUUUUCCUGACUUCUUUUGUCCUGGGAGUUUUCACCAAAUUUCGCAACACACCCAUCGUCAAGGCCACAAACCGGGAACUGUCCUACCUCCUCCUCUUCUCCUUGCUUUGCUGCUUCUCCAGCUCAUUGUUCUUCAUUGGUGAGCCUCAGAACUGGACUUGCCGUCUGCGGCAGCCAGCUUUUGGCAUCAGCUUUGUCCUAUGCAUCUCUUGCAUCCUGGUGAAAACGAACCGUGUCCUUCUCGUCUUUGAGGCAAAGAUCCCCACGAGUCUCCACCGAAAGUGGUGGGGCCUCAACCUCCAGUUCCUCUUGGUCUUCUUGUGCACAUUUGUGCAGAUUGUCAUCUGUGUGAUUUGGCUCUACACAGCCCCUCCAUCCAGUUACCGAAACCAUGAACUGGAGGAUGAGAUUAUUUUCAUCACCUGCCACGAAGGCUCCCUGAUGGCCCUUGGCUUCCUCAUUGGCUACACCUGCCUCCUGGCAGCCAUCUGCUUCUUCUUUGCCUUCAAGUCUCGAAAGCUACCUGAGAACUUUAACGAGGCCAAGUUCAUCACCUUCAGCAUGCUGAUCUUCUUCAUCGUCUGGAUCUCCUUUAUCCCUGCUUACGCUAGCACAUAUGGCAAGUUUGUCUCUGCCGUGGAGGUGAUUGCAAUACUGGCUGCGAGCUUUGGGCUCCUGGCCUGCAUCUUCUUCAACAAAGUCUACAUCAUCCUCUUCAAGCCCUCCCGCAACACAAUCGAGGAGGUGCGCUGUAGUACAGCUGCCCACGCUUUCAAGGUGGCUGCCAGGGCCACGCUGAGACGGAGCAAUGUGUCGCGCAAGCGCUCCAACAGCCUGGGGGGCUCCACCGGCUCCACGCCUUCCUCCUCCAUCAGCAGCAAGAGCAACCAUGAAGACCCUUUUCCCCUACCUGCCUCUGCCGAGCGGCAGCGCCAGCAGCAGCGUGGCUGCAAGCAAAAAGUCAGCUUUGGGAGCGGCACAGUCACCCUGUCGCUGAGCUUUGAGGAGCCUCAGAAGAACGCCAUGGCUAACAGGAAUGCCAAGCGCAGGAACUCCCUGGAGGCCCAGAACAGUGACGACAGCCUGAUGCGGCACCGGGCCCUGCUUCCCCUGCAGAACAGCGAGUCCCUCAGUGCUGAGCCUGGCUUUCAGGCAGCUUCCAGCCCGGAGACCAGCUCACAGGAGUCAGUGGUGGGAGACACCAAAGAAGAGGUACCAAGCCCUGAGGCAGAGCCUUCCCUGCCAUCAGCUAACUCCCGAAAUUUUAUAGGCACUGGAGGUGGCUCUGUCACAGAGAACACAGUACAUUCCUAACAAAAGAAGAUCGUGAAAAGCACACCAGCCCCCAAGAGGAACUUGCUCACCUCUUGCUUCUGAAUGGGAAAGACAACAAAGAUGCACUCCUGUGACACAGUCCCACCACACCUUACUCUUAGCGCCAGCAGGGUAACAGAUGUGCCUCCAGAGGAAGGACUGUGUCUGGGGAGCCUUGGACUGAAUUUGUGUUUGCUUUAUCAAAACCAGGACAUCUCAGAAGGACAAGUGAAGAUUGCCUCUGGUGGGGCUUAAGCAGAAGUCUGCAUGCUGCCUUGCCUCCGUAAGCUUUUCCUGCCAGACUGCAACUCAGCUGACUGUGGGAGGCACUAGGCAAUUCCACUAUACUCUGCUUUUACAUCUAUGUAUAAUAUUCCUCUUUCCCACUAUGUAUAAUACUCCCUCUUUAUCCAGUAUAUGUGAUUUGUAACCAUGUGCAUCAGGACUCUCAGCUCUACAAAAGCAAGGUACACGGUUUCACUUGGGUAAAGCAUGGUUGUGGGGAAAAUAAAAAAGCCCCCAACAUCCUGCAUGCUAUGUACAGCCAAGGGUGUGAACAUGUAAAGUAUUUAAUGAGACAGAGCGCCCUGCUAUUUAUAUUUAGUAAUGUCCCAAUCUCUCCUUUCUGCCCAGCAGGAAAUAUUGGACAAUACUCUUCAUAGACUCCGUUGCACUAGACCAAGCUACUAGGUUCCUACUGGUUUCUUCCAGCUGAGGUAGCUUUACCUCCAGCCUGCCUGCUUUGGUGGAGGGGCAGAACAGCUUGUAAAUCCCCCCCGGAGAACGUUGCGAGAGCACAAAGAGAUGUAUCCAUGAUUGAUUAUGUCGCUAGUAGUUGUAUGCUUAACGAAGUGUUGCUGCUGUAAUAUUCCACAUGGCAUACAUGGCUAACCCUUUCACACCAUAGUCAGUGUUGUGCUUUGCCAUAUUAAUCUGCCUCACACCUACACAGAGCAUUGCGCUAGUCGUGACGAUAGUGGUGGGCCUGAUACAAAGCAAGUGAAACAAGGUGAAAUGGAGGAGUUAGGGAUGGAGAAAUAGCCCCUAAAUGUGUUAAUAUGAUUGCAGGAGUGGGUGAAUAUCGGAAGUGUGUGUGCUGGUAGCUGACUGGAUGAGGAAAACACACAGGCCCGGGCUCUGAGACAUGCACCCAGACAAAGGGAUAAAUUAGCUAUGUUUUGGCUCCUACAGGCCACCUACUAGGUUAUCUCCCUCCAGGCCCAUCUUGAAGAGACGGCACCUAACACAGGAAGGGCACAGUGCACCUUAAGAGAAACAGUAAGGACUUCGGCAAAGAGCGUAGCACAACUUCAUUACUCUUGACACUUGUCCCACUCCCCCAGAAGCAGACAUAAGUGCUCCUGGUUUUGCAAGGUAUGCCUGGUUCCUCUCUAUUCACGCUGGCAAGGUUGGAAAUAAGAGAGUUGCCAGAAGAGACAUUUAUUGCAGCCUGAUAAGAGAAAAAGCACCCCUCGACAGCCAGGCAGGAUGGGGUAGGGUUAGGUUGCAGAACUUAUUUCCCUCUUCCCAGAUCCCGUGUGCAGGAACAAGCGUCUGACGUGAAGACGUUGGUACCCUCCCUCAUCAGAUAAGAAGGUAGUCUAGGCCACUGUGGAAAGGCAGACAGGCCUGCAGCUUAGUGCGAGCAGAGACGAAAGGGCCAUGUGAAUGCACUGGGGAAAAUAGCACAAUUCUGUUUUUACUGUUUUUGCUUGUUUGUUCUUUUGCCAGGGCAGGCAAAUAAAAUUUACAGGUGACAUUACUGCAUAAAAACUUUGUUUUGCCACCUCCACUUGUUGCUGACAAGGAAGAGGAGUUUUGGCUUAGAAGAGCACAGUGGAAGUCCAGACAUCAAGGAGCAUGCUACUAAGACAAUUUAUUUUAACCCUUUUGUUGAUCUGUUACAUUCACCUCAGAGUGGGCUCAAAUUUUAAUUACAACAUAUAAGAACCAAUCCAACUUUAACCAUAAGGCCUCCAAAUCACAAUAUUAGACUAAAGCUAUUGCACAGCUGGUUAAAAGGGAAAAAAAGUUUGAAAACACAAAUCCCUGUGGCCAUAGUUUUGGAAACCACAUUGCACCCCUGCUCACUGCUUCCGAAAAAAUAAGUGCCUUCCCCAGCCUGCUGACGGUGGCGUCUAGGCUUAAUUUAGGGUACAAAAUUGAGACCUGUGGUCUCCUGAGUCUAAAUGCACAAACGGAGAUGGGCACUAGGUGGCGGAAGAGACUUUAAAAAAGUACUUCGGUAUGGCCCGCACUCCUAAAAAUUUCAGUAGCCAAAUAAUUUUAGUGCUAGUAAGUCAUUCCUACGGGCCAAAACCAGUACAGUAGUCCCUGAAUAGAAGCUGACAGCAUUGAAAGCAUAGAAGUGCUUAAUGAAUGACAUUAAAAUGACACAGGAUACAAACCAAAGGCACUGCACAAAUACAGGCAACAUGAGAAACAGAAAGUCACUACUGGCUGCCUUGUUUGGAGAACAAUGUUCACUGGCUAUGCACACAGUGCAUAAUGUUGACAUUUGGGUGUUUUUCAUUCUUUGGGUGGUUUUCAUUCUUUAGGUGUUUUUCGUUCUUUACAUCUGCUUGAAAGGAAUUUGUACCCUGGCACACAAUGAGGCUCCAACAGCUGCCACAAUUUUGUAGCAACAGACCAACAGUGCUCGACUUGCUAGGGAACCCCCAUCCACCCUCACUGCACACAUACCCUGAGCUCCAAGCCUCGAGCUCCACACGCUGUGUGAGAGCUGCUGUUGCAGCCUAUUCUAGUGACACACGCACGCUAGAAACAAGGAAGUUCAGCAAAAAAAGGACCCCUUUUAUGAAGGUGAUUUGCAACCAAACCUUUUAUCCCAUGCA